CACAAAAAAAACUUAUACACUCUCAUUAUUAAAAGCAUUUUUUUGCACCAUUUUUCUACUCAAAGUAAGAUAACAAAGUUUGAUAAUAGUAAUGGCAAUGUCUAUGCAAGUUCAAGCCCUUCUUUCCAACUCUGUUGGUACCUUCGCUAACGGGUCUAAAGCGUAUCCACUAGGGUUCAAUCCUCGGAUGGCUAAACGUGUCAAUUUCGGGGUGAAGUGUAUGGCGGAGGAAGGGGCUGGGGGUGAACCCAAGCUUGACUCCAGUGUACCCAAACCGAACCCCACUUCGUCCUCACCCACCCCCACCCCGAUCCCAACCCCAACCCCAAGGCCACAACCAAAGAAGGUAAGCACAAACUUCACCGACUUAUUCGCCUUUAGCGGCCCUGCACCUGAGAGGAUCAACGGACGCCUAGCCAUGAUCGGGUUCGUGGCCGCAAUAGCAGUAGAGCUAUCUAACGGCACUGACUUAUUUACUCAAAUAUCCAACGGUGGAUCACAAUGGUUCCUCGGAACAAGCAUCCUUCUUUCAGUAGCAUCAUUGGUGCCAUUGCUCCAAGGAAGUCGAGCAGAAGCAAAGACACAAGGGUUAAUGAAUGCCAACGCCGAACUUUGGAAUGGUAGAAUUGCCAUGUUAGGGCUUGUUGCCUUGGCUGUAACUGAGAUCGUUAAAGGUGGAGCUCUUGUUUGAGAAAAACAAAUUGACCAACAACUUGAUCGAAGUUUAUUAUUAUUGUUGUAAAUAGGAAUUGAGUUAUUAGGCCGGGGAGCGAUUAUGCUUCUAUGAUUGUAUUAUAAUUAUCUUUUGAUCAGGAAUCAGUAGUCUUGGUAGUUGUACACUGAAGAAGUUCUUUUUGCUAAUCACAUAUUCACAUGUUCUUAUAAAAAAAUUCCAGUGUUUUUAUCCUUUA